GUCAGUGUCACAGUAAAGCAGUAGGAAAAACUCAACAUCAGUCACCACAACAGACGCUCUGCUCCUUUAUAAUGGAUGGAUACAUCAUUGCCGGUUCAGAGGACAUUGUUCCAAAUGAGCCUGGACCAUAUCGUCCACCAGCUGAUCUCUACCCCUACCUGAAUGUUGGGGAUAUUUAUGAUGAGCACAGGUGGUCGUUGCAUUCUGAACGGGUGCAGCCAGCAGACUUUGAUAACUCUCCCGUAAACCAUCUGACCGAGCUGCAGUCAGUGUCACCUCAGCAGCUCACACAGCCUUUCCGAUACAGCACUGAAGCACUGCCUCUUCACUUAGACUCACCUCUUAUCCCACUGUCAAUGUCCCCACAAAUCCCAUAUUAUGGCCCAGCAUUGUGCUACCAAUACCCACCAGCUCCCUCACCUGUCCAAUACUACUCAGAGGAAGAACAGAGGGAUGUUAGUCCACCACUGGAGGUGUCUGAAGGAGAAGACGAAUAUGAACCUCACAGGCUGUCAUCUAUAAGGAGAGACACCAGUAACAAGAAGAAGAUCCGCUUGUACCAGUUCCUUCUGGACUUGCUCCGAAAUGGUGAUAUGAGUGACAGCAUUUGGUGGGUGGAUCAGGACAAGGGCAUCUUCCAGUUCUCCACUAAACACAAGGAGGUCCUGGCCAGCCAAUGGGGCAUUCAGAAAGGAAACCGCAAGAAAAUGACCUAUCAAAAAAUGGCAAGAGCACUCAGGAACUAUGGAAAAACUGGAGAAAUUAAAAAAGUCAAAAAGAAACUUACUUACCAGUUCAGUGAAGAGGUGCUGAGAAACCACUAUCUUCGCCACUUUUCACACUGAAAACAUGACAAAGCAGCCUAUUUUUUCACUGAAAUAAUAACUGAAAUCAGCCAAUGUAAAUGUUUAUUUCUUUAUUUGUUUAUUAUUUAAACUAUUUUGGGGUAUUUCCUUUUAAUUGCAAAAAUAAACAGCAUCUC